CUCAAGCCCUCCGGCGUUGGUAGCCAACAAGAAAGCAGCAAAAGUAGCAAGUAGCACCUUGCAUAAAUCGUCAUAUAAAAAUCCCUAGGCGACCAUGGAGGACGAACGCGUUUUGCCAGUCUACGAAGUCAUAUCCGGACUCCGGCUGGCCAACUUUUACCCACCGUACGCAGUCCUCUCCGGCCUCCAGUACAAGGCAAGAGACGGCGACGUCUUCCUCGUGACCUAUCCCCAGUGUGGCACGUUGUGGAUGCAGCAGAUUCUGUACGUUCUUCUUCACGAUGGUUCCUCGCCCAAAGAAGCCGCCAGCCUCUUCCGGACCUUUCCCUUACUGGAGCUGGAAGGCGCGGAAGCCGUCGAGGACGCCCUCAGUCCUCGGGUCAUCACGUCUCAUCUUCCGUACGACUACAUCCCGAAGUCCCUGCGGGCCAAGUACGUGGUGCUCGUGCGCGACCCUCGCGAUGUCUGUGCGGGCAUGUUUCGACGACUCCGAACGUACCCUGCGUACGAGUUCAGCGACGGCCUGCUGAGCGACUUCCUGGACCUCUUCUGUGGCGACACCGUCGACUAUCGAGGAUACUUCGCCCACUUGCGGUCCUGGUACGACCACCGGGACGACCCCAAUGUGUUCUGGCUCCACUACGAGGAGCUGCAGUCUAAUUUUCAAGAGACCGUGAAACGUCUCUCGACAUUCCUUGGAGUGGAACACAAGCUCUUCAAGAGCAGAAGCGUGUUUAAGAAGUGUCAGGAGAAGAGUAGCGUGUCUUACAUGAAGUCCAAGACCAAUAAAUACAUGGAAGAGUUCCUGUACAUCCCGUUCGAGAACGUGGCAGCGGACACGAGGUUCUCCGAAGGUGUCAAGUCCUUCCACGCCUCCGUGCAGUGUUCAGGUGUCUUGGACGCAAUGUCUAGUGUUCGCUGCGUCCGCAGUGGCAAAGUUGGCGCCUGGAAAGAUGUUAUCACUGCCGAUGAUGCCAAGAGAGUCGUCGACCGAACGGAACAGAUGGGACGUGACGUGGCGAACGCUGUCCUUUAUAACAGGUGAUAACGAGGAUUUCUGGUGGUGACAGAAGUUCUGACGUCAGAUGAUUUCUCGCAGUUAAAUAAAGUCCACACAAAACUCGCAUGCAGGAACAGCACUGAAGGUUGUCGUGCAUGGUAUGAGCAAUUCAAAAAUAAGAUCACUAGAAGGUGACAGGUGGAAAAUAGCCC